UUUCACCUUGUCAAAGCUGUAUCUAUCGUCACCAACUUAUCGCAUGGUUGGCAAGGGAAAAGUGCACAAUACUUCGGGUGAAUUACUUCACCAUAAUCCCCUCCCGGUGGGAUUUAUGAAAGUUUCGGUUGACCUUGUAUUAGAUACGGACGCCCUUCUCCCAUUACCUGACGUUGUUUCAGAGACAACGUUGAUGCGAGAUGCAGUCGAAUCCUUUGUUGGUUGGCCGUCAGAUCUAAUUUUCCCUGAUGCCGAGACUCCUACAAGACCCACACAUAAAGUUGGUAAAGGGAUUUCAAGACGCAUCGAGUCGGUUGCAUCUCAAAAAGAGGUUCCCGGUCGUAAGUUGAAAAGCGCUGCUAAGGAUAUUCCAACGACGUCCGGGACAAAAUCUCAAAUUAUGAUGCGUCUUGAGAAAAUGGUGGAUGAGUCCGAUAUUAUGCACGGGUCCAUUCGUAGUAUAGAUUUUGAUGAAGGUGUUUUCGGAGCUGCUCAUUUCGAAAUAAUUGCAAAGGAGGACUUCCAACAACUUUUUGAACACACCGAAUUGGGCAUCGCUGUCAUUCAUACAUACAUAUGGUAUAUGUAUGUAACAUUGAUGCGGGGAACUGAAUUGUGUAACCGUUUCAAUUUUAUUGCUGCUUCCCGUAUCAACGCAACGUUAAUAACGAAAAAUCCAACAUCCGUAAAGAAUGAUCUAGUCGAUAGAUUCAUGGCGGCCGGCGAUAAUACUACACCCAGUUUGUAUUUUUUACCGUUUAAUUCUGGCAACGGUGGUCACUGGGUGUUGGUUGCUAUGGAUCUUUCGAGACUAAUAGUGUAUUAUCUCGAUUCUUUAUCGGGUGAUUGGAGUAAAUAUCCGAAUAUGAAGAAGACGGUUGACGCGGCAAUAAUAAAAUUUAGAUCGAAAGAGAAUUACCGCAAUAGGAAGGACAUUACCUGGAUCAGAGUUCAGUGUCCUCAGCAAAAUAAUUCGGUCGAUUGCGGAUUUUUUGUAAUGAGAUUUAUGAGAGACAUCAUUGCGUUGAAUCGUAUAGACAUCCCAAAAAUGUACUUUGAGGAAUACAAAUCUUACUCAAGAGCAAAUUUGGAUGAAAUCAAGGAUGAAUUGUGUCAAUUCAUUGUUGAUCAAAGAAUCAUAUAGCUAGGUUGUAUAUUGUUGUACAUAUAUGUAUGGAAUGUUGUUGUUGUAUGCUGUUGUUGUAUAUAUGUUGUAUAUUGUUGUUGUACUUUUACUAAAUCAUGAAUAUGUUGUUGUAUAUUGUUGAUCAAAGAAUCAUAUAUUAAUGUUGUAUAUAUAU